AUGCUGCCGCCGGGGCACAACGGCACCGCCCGCCGGGAGCGCUUCGGGGGGCCGCGGCCGGCCGGGGAGGGGGCCGCGGGGGGCGCAGGAGCGGCGGUGCCACUGGGGCCCGCGCGGGUGGUCACGGCUGGCCUCCUGACCCUGCUCAUCGUCUGGACCCUGCUGGGCAACGUGCUGGUGUGCGCCGCCGUCGUGCGCAGCCGCCCCCUGCGCGCCAAGAUGACCAGCGUCUUCGUCGUGUCCCUGGCGGUGUCCGACCUCUUCGUGGCGCUGCUGGUCAUGCCCUGGAAGGCAGUCGCCGAGGUGGCCGGUUACUGGCCCUUUGGGGGCUUCUGCGAUGUCUGGGUGGCCUUCGACAUCAUGUGCUCCACCGCCUCCAUCCUGAAUCUGUGCGUCAUCAGCCUGGACCGCUACUGGGCCGUGUCCAGGCCUUUCCGCUACCAGCGCAAGAUGACGCAGCGCGUGGCCGUAGUCACCGUGGGCUCCGUCUGGGCCUUGUCCAUCCUCAUCUCCUUCAUCCCGGUCCAGCUCCACUGGCACAGGGCCGUGGCCGGCUCCCGGGGCGGCUCGGGCGCACCGACCCAGCUGGCCAACGGGACGCCCUGGGAUGAAGCCCAGUUGCCAGAGGCCAGGGCGGAGACUUGUGACUCCAGCUUGAACCGAACUUACGCCAUCUCCUCCUCGCUCAUCAGCUUCUACAUCCCCGUGGCCAUCAUGCUCGUGACCUACUCGCGCAUCUACCGCAUCGCCCAGGGCCAGAUCCGCCGCAUCUCCUCCCUGGAGAGGGCUGCGGAGCGCGCGCAGAGCUGCCGGGCGGCCGCUGCGCCGGGCACCAGCCUGCGGGCCUCCAUCAGGAGGGAGACCAAGGUCCUCAAGACCCUGUCCCUGAUCAUGGGGGUCUUCGUGUGCUGCUGGCUGCCCUUCUUCAUCCUGAACUGCACGGUCCCCUUCUGCGGUGGACACCCCUCGGGCCCCGGCGCCGGCUUCCCCUGCGUCAGCGAGACCACCUUCGGGGUCUUCGUCUGGUUCGGCUGGGCCAACUCCUCUCUCAACCCCAUCAUCUAUGCCUUCAACGCCGACUUCCGCAAGGUGUUUGCCCAGCUGCUGGGGUGCAGCCACCUCUGCUCCCGCACCCCAGUGGAGACCGUGCACAUCAGCAACGAGCUGGUCUCCUACAACCAGGACACUGGCCUCCCCAGAGAGAUUGCAGCUGCCUGCCUGCAAGUGAUCCCUAACGCCGUGACCGCAGGGGACCGUGAGGUGGACGAGCAGGAGGACACGGAGGAGGAGGGCCCUUCAGGCCGCAUGUCUGAGAUCUGUCAGACCUCUCCAGAUGGGGGUGCUGCAGCCCAGGAGUCUGUCUGGGAAGUGGACUGUGAGGCGGAGAUUUCACUGGGCAAAAUAACACCUUUCACCCCAGAUGGAGUCCAUUAA